AUGUCAGACCCCCAGCUCUACACCGUGGGCUGGAUCUGCGCUAUCGCUACCGAGUCUGUCGCAGCUCGAGCCUUCCUCGACGAAGAGCACGACGGACCUAGCCACGUCGCUCAGCACGACAACAACAGCUAUGUUCUCGGCAAAAUUGGCAGGCACAACGUCGUCAUCGCCGUCCUGCCGGAUGGAGAGUACGGCACUACCUCGGCGGCGGUGGUAGCGCAGGGUCUCAUUCACAGCUUUCCAAACGUGCGCAUCGGGCUGAUGGUGGGCAUCGGGGGCGGCACACCCAGCUCAAAGCAUGAUAUACGUCUCGGCGAUGUGGUUGUCAGCAGCCCUCAUGGUGGCAAGGGCGGCGUAUUCCAGUAUGACUUUAGCAAGACGAUUCAGAACGUCGCGUUCCAAGAAACGGGGUUCUUGGCCCAACCCCCGAUGGUAUUGCGGACGGCUAUAAGCUCCCUCAAGAGCACCUACGAACUACGGGGCCACCAUCUUGCAGACGAGGUGGAACGGGCCUUGAAGUGCAUCAAAAAGCGAAAGAAGUACGCACGACCCGCUCCAGCACGCGACAAAUUAUACAAGCCCGGCGCCGUUCACCCGAUAGCAGCCAACAGUUACGACGAUACAUGCGAUAUAGCUUACCUAGUGGCCCGGGACGAUCGAGAUGAGGAAGAUGACGAUCCCGCCAUACACUACGGUCUGAUCGCUAGCGGAAAUCAGUUAAUGAAAGAUACACGGAUCAGGGACAAGCUGGUAAUAGAUAAAGGAGUCCUCUGCUUUGAGAUAGAGGCAGCCGGCCUGAUGAACCACUUUCCAUGCCUGAUAAUCCGUGGCAUAUGCGACUAUUCCGACUCGCACAAAAACAAGGAGUGGCAGGGGUUCUCUGCCAUGAUGGCGGCAGCAUACGCGCGGGACCUUCUGCGGCAGAUCCCGCCAAACAAGGUCGAGGCGGAAAGACCGAUUUCCGAGGCCCUCCAUGCUAUUAAACACAAAAUCGACAGGCUGCAGCAGACCACAGCGGCAACGAGCGCUGAUCGACGUACCGAUAAGAUCGAGCGAUGGCUUCGCCCCCCCAAUCCGUCCACAAACGCCAACCAUGCGAGGAAGCUUCACCAUGAGGGAACAGGCGUGUGGCUUCUGGAGCACCCAGUCUUCCAGGAUUAUACAACUAUGCUAGAUCAUCUCGCAAAGCGAAACGGCCGUCUUAUCCUCAGCUUCUUCUUCGACUUUAGCGACGAGGCAAAGAAAACUGUGGACGGCAUGCUGCGGUCGUUUGUCUUGCAGCUUUAUCAAGGGGAGACUGAUUCUGCGCGUGCCCUCGACGCCUCAUUCCAAGCACAUCGAGAUGGCCGCGACCAGCCUUCGACAAAAGCACUCUCGGAUACUUUGUUCACGAUGCUCGCAGCUCAAGAGCAGGUUGUUAUCGUUCUGGACGCAUUAGACGAGUCGACAUCGAGGGAUGAGCUUCUCCGCUGGAUCAAGGACACAGUGUCCAGGCAAGGCCUCAGCCCCAUCCAACUGAUAUGUACCAGUCGGCCUGAACGCGACUUCCAGUUUGAUAUGCCCUCCUUAAUGGGCGAAGAGAACAGCUUAGCACUCGAUAAGCAAUCCGUCAACGUCGAUAUCCGAUCGUACAUUACAGCACAGCUUUCAGAGCGGCGCGAUUUUCGGGACAAGCGCUUAUCCCCAGAAAUCCGCGACGAGAUACAGCGAAAGGUCGGAGACGGGGCCGACGGCAUGUUCAGGUGGGCAUUUUGUCAAUUGGACAGCCUGGCCCGGUGUCGUCACGAGGCGGCGAUUGUGGACGCUCUCGCAUCUUUGCCACCGGACCUGGCAGUCACAUACCGGCGUAUGAUUGAAAGUAUACCGACAGAGCUCAAGAUCGACGCGAUGCGGCUCCUGCAAUUUCUAGUGCAUGUGGAGCGACCACUCACGCUGGCGGAGGCUAAGGAAGUGAUAGCCACACAGAUCGAAAACGAGCCGCGACGGUUUGACGUCAAGCGUCGACUAUAUCGCGACGCCGACGUGUUGGACUACUGCCCUAGCUUAGUGACAAUCGUUCACGCCACCGAUGAUGAACUACACCUUGCCCACUUUUCCGUCAAGGAGUACCUGCUCAGGGAGAACAAGUUCAAUAUUAUAAAUGCGAGUAGUUCUAUUACGAGCACGUGCCUUACGUAUCUUACGGAUAUCAAGGGCAGCCAUCCGGGGAUCAAGCAGGAUUUUCCGAUGGCAAGAUGUGCGGCCGAAAUCUGGACACGUUAUGCUGUCUUCGCUCAAGCGUCGAAAGAUGUAGCUCGAGCGAUAGUCAAUUUCCUUGAAAAUGAAGAGACUUUCCAGCGAUGGGCUUGUUUAUAUCAACCUGAUAGGGCUUGGGACCGUGAUCCAGGCCUACCACGAGGUUCUCAGCUUUACUAUGUCUGCUACGAAGGGCUCGUGGAGCCUGCGCGAGGUCUUAUCGCCCAGGGAGCCGACGUUGUCGCGCGGGGUGGCGAGUGCGGUAACGCCCUACAGGCCGCCUCAUUGAGAGGUCAUCAAGAGAUUAUCAGACUGCUAUUAAAUAAGGGAGCCGAUGUGAAUGCGCAGGGCGGCCUGUUUGGCAACGCUCUCCAAGCCGCCUCAUGGAAAGGCUAUCAAGAUAUUGUGGUACUGCUGUUGAAGAAGGGGGCCGAUGUGAAUGCGCAGGGUGGCGAAUAUGGCAACGCCCUACAGGCCGCCUCAUGGAAAGGUCAUCAAGAGAUUGUAGUACUGCUGUUGAAUAAGGGGGCCGAUAUGAAUGCGCAGGGCGGCUUCUUUGGCAACGCCCUACAGGCCGCCUCAUGGAAAGGCUAUCAAGAUAUUGUGGUACUGCUGUUGAAGAAGGGGGCUGAUGUAAAUGCGCAGUGCGGCGAAUUUGGCAACGCCCUACAGGCCGCCUCUUCUGAAGGCCAUCAAGAGAUUGUGAUACUGCUGUUGAAUAAGGGGGCUGAUGUGAAUGCGCAGUGCGGCUUCUUUGGCAACGCCCUACAGGCCGCCUCAUGGAAAGGCUAUUAA